AUGAAGAAUUGGUCCCACAAUCCCAAGGACGAUAAGGAGUCCAGGCGGGUGGCCCUCUUCGUCGAGAAGAACAAGGAGGAGACCAACCUCUGCACAGAUGACCUCGUCAUGACUUUUCUCUCGCGCCGGGUCCUGCCCCUUCAGCGCCGCGCCCAUAAGAUCAGCCGGAUGUCCGGCCGGAUGGACCCGACAAGGAUCACCACCCAUUCGUUGAGCCCCCCUGACUUGGUCCUUAAGGCCAAACAGAUCUGCCAGAACACGCUGAAGCCUAGCGGGAAAUACGGGGUGCUCCUUUAUAGUCGCAGCAACUCUCCCCCGCGCCGAGUAAGAUCUCGGGAUCUCCGGAAAAACUUUCUUCCGCUUGAAGAGCCAACCUCUUACGCCCCCAACCGGCGUUUCCACGACGACUGCGACGCUGACCCCUACGUGAAAGGGAGACACAAGAUGGGUCCGACGCACGUCAGGCAUCCCGAUCUUCGCUCAGCCGGUGCGAACCCUCAGGUCGUGGACCACGCGGCUCACCUGGCAGCCGAAGUUGGCCAGGAGUUCCUGGACAACUUGGCCUCCCGGGGGCGGAAGAACAAGGCUCCGGCCCCUGAGGCAGGUCCCAGCGGAGCUCCGCCCGCCAAGCACCUCAAGAAGAAGAGUGGCGACAAUCCUUAUGGGCGAAAGCACAGGCAUGAGAUGUCGGUCACUGCCGGGGCGCCCCUGACUCUCACCAGGAGCGCGCCAGGGAUUAGGCCGGAAGCUCCCGCGGACUCUGCCAGGAACUCUCCUCCUCCUCACACAAGUCUGGUACCUUCGGGUACCGGCAAAUCUCCAGCCUCCCCUCGGGGAGGCAAUACAAGUUUGGGGCGUGCGGCCCCUGAACCUUCAAACCCCCACGCGGAGGAGGAUUUCAUCUCCCCUCCUGAUAUUGAAGACACCGGCGCCAGCAACAUCGGCGCCGAUACCGAAGAUGUGGAUCGGGCGGAACCUCCGGUUCCUCCCACUCCCAAAAAGAAGAAGAAGAGAGCUGCUGCUCCCCCCACCAAGACUGUGUCGGAUCCUUCCGCACGGACAAACUCUUCACCGGUCAAGGAAACGUCGGAAGCUCCUUUGCCGGCAAAGGAUGCGCCAUCGCCACCUCCGGCACCUCCAACCGGCGAACCUACUCCUGCCCCCGAGCCACCUCGCCCGGAAGGCGCUAACUUCACCGCUCAACAACUUGCUGCAGUGGUAACCGUGACGACUGCGUCGCCUUUCGGCUCGCAUUCCCUAGUGUUGCACGCCAGCCGCGCCGCUGUUGUGGCCAGCGAGAAGGCUUCAGCUCAGUUGGGCCGGAUCACCGAGCUCAGCCGUGGUGAAGUCGACUUGGGCCCGCUGCGUGAAUACGCGGACAAGUGGAACCGGGCGGAUCUGUCUCCCGCCACCCGCGGCCUGGGCAAGGACAAGCUGCCGGUCGUGGACCCUUCUGGCCCGAGCAGCAUGGCGCAACAUCUCAGCCGGCUGAAGCAUGCGGUGAAGGAGUUCGACACGGCCUGGCAUGACGCCAGCUCCAAUGUGGUGCUCUUUGUACAACUGCCCUUCCGGAAGCCUCGCUCGAGGACCUCUCCGCCCAGGUCUGCGCUCAAAGCUAAAAAGGAGCGGCUCGCCCUCGACCACCGCAAGGCUCUGGAUGCUCAGAAGAAAGUUUCUGCUGAGCUGAAGGACAAGCUCAUCCAAGUUGGGCUCCAGCAUGCGCAGGAGCUCAAGGAUGCCCAAGCUGCCGGUGAGGCCAAACUGGAUGAGGCGCUGAAGGAAUUCAGCGAUGCUAGCGGGCAGCUGCAGAGGGAGUUGGAGGAGUCCAGGCUGCUGAAGGAGGCGCAGGACCGGAACACCACGCUUGCGUCAGACUAG